GUUUUCGGUUCCAACUUCUCGCCAAGAUCGCCCGUUAUGGUUCCAAGUAGAUUCCAACGACCUUCCCAGUCCUCAAAUGAACGGAACACCGAGUGAAGACCUGAACUGUGGCUCGGAGAGGAUACGGAGCAGCAAAGAGCAGCCUUAGGGGGAGUUCCGGGGUCCUCCGCUGGUUCCGAGGUCAAUCGACACGUGAAAUAUCACAAGAAUAUGACGUCCGAACCAGAAAAGGAAUACGGUAUAGCGGAGAGCCGUAGCAAGUACAAAUAGUUAAUCCUGCUCCUCCUCCUAGCCCUCCUUCAACUCCAAACCAUCACCUCUGGACCCUCUGCUUUUAUUCACAAUGGUUGCUGGCGUCCAAAUUCACUCCCAAGAGGCCCAGAAGGCCCAGGCUGAGAUCCUCACAGAGGGUGCUCUUCGCUUCAUCGCUGCUUUGCACAGAACCUUCGAAUCGACGCGUCAGAGUCUCCUUGUCGCCCGCGAGACUGUUCAACUGCGUCUUGAUGCUGGUGCCCGACUUGAUUUCCCUGCGGAGACCGCGCAUAUUCGCGCUGACCCUUCUUGGCUCUGUGCUCCGCCCGCCCCGGGUUUGGAGGACAGGCGGGUCGAGAUUACCGGCCCCACGGACAGGAAGAUGGUCAUCAACGCUUUGAAUAGCGGAACCAAGACGUUCAUGGCCGAUUUCGAAGAUGCGAAUUCCCCGACGUUCGCCAACAUGCUUAACGGCCAGGUCAACCUGCGUGACGCCAUCCGGCGACAGAUUGACUUUGAGUCGGGAGGCAAGGCGUACAAGCUCGUUGAGAAGCCCGCCGUUCUCAUCGUCAGACCCCGUGGAUGGCAUUUGGACGAGCCUCGCGUUACUGUCGAUAAUUCGCCUGUUUCCGCCUCCAUCUUCGACUUCGCUCUGUACUUCUUCCACAAUGCCAAGGAGUUGAUUGCACGAGGAUCUGGCCCCUAUUUCUACCUCCCAAAGAUGGAGCACUACCUUGAAGCGCGUCUUUGGAAUGAUAUCUUCAACUUCUCUCAGUCGUAUAUCGGUAUUCCCACGGGCACCGUUCGCGGCACUGUUCUCAUCGAGACCCUGCCGGCUGCGUUCCAGAUGGAGGAGAUCUUGUUCGAGCUCAGGCAACAUUCGUCUGGACUGAACUGCGGACGAUGGGAUUACAUCUUUAGCUUCAUUAAGCGCCGUCGCGCAGACAGGACAGCUGUUCUGCCCGACCGUAAGGACGUGACUAUGGAGACUACGUUCAUGGACUCCUACGUUCGUCUUCUCAUCCAAACAUGUCACAGGCGCAAAGUUGCGGCAAUGGGUGGCAUGUCAGCUCAGAUCCCUAUCAAGAACGACCCGCAAGCCAACGAGAUUGCUAUGAAGAAAGUCCGUGACGACAAGCUUCGUGAAGUCACGAAUGGUCAUGACGGUACUUGGAUUGCUCACCCUCUCAUUAACAAAAUCGCUAUGGACGUGUUCAAUGAGUACAUGCUCGGACCCAACCAGGUAUGUGUAUCUUUACAGUUUAGAAUGCGUACCGAACUCAUUUUGCAUCAACAGUAUCACGUCCGACGCGAAGAUGUUCGUGUUGCAGCUGCAGAUCUUCUCAACACCAACAUCCCUGGAAAAGUCACCUCCGAAGGUGUACGUGGCAACGUCGCCACCUCACUCGCCUACAGUGCAGCCUGGCUCGGAGGCAACGGCUGCAUUCCUCUCAACCACCUGAUGGAGGAUGCUGCUACCGCCGAAAUCACCAGAAUACAACUCUGGCAAUGGGUGAAAUACGGCAUCCGCAUCUCGGACACUGGGGAGCUCAUCACUGCUGAUCUCAUCGACCGCCUCAUCGAUGAAGCUGUACCAACACUCACAAGUGCGUUGGUCAAAGCGCAGAAUUUGGAGAUUGUGGCUCGGUAUUUGAAGAACCAGGUCAGACAGGCCUGGCCGAGUGAGUUCUUGACGAGCGACUUGAUGCCAUACCUUGCUAUUGCCGACGGAUGUCCUCCUCAAUGGCAGCGCAGUGUUUUGUAGAUUAUCAGUGUCGGAAAUCUUGAUCCGUUACUCGUGUCGUCAGUGAUUCUUGGCUCUUUCGUAUGACAGUUUGGACUCUUGCAAUGUAUGUACUAUAGCAACCUGUAAUCGAAUCAUCUUGAAUUCUCGUCGUCUGGUGGCCGUAGAGAGGUGUUGCCAUCUGUCAAAGCUAAAACCCAGAAGUCAGGGGAUCUACAAAAAUACUCAACUGGCUUGAUGAUGAUCAUCCUUCUAGCGCUUCGAAGGAGUAGCGGCUAUAUUCUAUAGACAGCG